UCCACAGGCGAGUGAAGACUUCGGAGAAAAUAGAUUCUCUGGCGUAUCAAACAAAGUCUGGCCCGGUAACUUCCGGACGCUCUGUUUUGUGUAAACUUGCAGCGGCUUCAACGACUCGCGAGCGAGACUCCAGAGCAGAUGCUAGCUAAUGUUAGCUCUUUAAGUCGUCAAGCUACGUCCACAAGCAGAGAGAGAGUCGGGCGGCAGACAGGGUUUGGAUUCCCCGCACAGAGCCGCGGAACCCUUUCGGGGCUGGUCGAAGACGCGUGUCGGUGCGGUGCCGUUCCCGGGCAGUGUGUGGCCAAUCCACACAAAGCUCAGGCUGCUGCUGGUUAGCUAGCUAACCGUAGCAUUGUACCCUCUAGUGGAGCAGCUAGCGUCGCUAGCAUCAGCACAGCACAGCCUGCCUUCCGCCGACGUGCACUUCCCCCACUCUCCCUCCAGCCGGCUAGCCGCAGCGUUAGUCCGGUACAUAAAAUGAAGCGACCAUCAGCGUUUUGGGAAGCUGUGUGGUUGUUUGGAUUUUGCUGAUGUAUGAGGAGACGAUAUUGUUUUUGUGAGAUCUCUGUCAAGGAGGUCAAAAUCAGUACAGGGAAUGGACGAGCAGAAAUCAAACUGCGAAGAGAAUGACUCCGAAACAACAGCUGAUGACAGUGCCCCUGCAGAGCAGCCUGUUUCCUCUCAGGAGGAGUCCAAAGACCCCCCUGGUGAUGACUAUGUGUCCCCUGCUACAGCAGCCUCUUCCAGCACACCCGUAGAGUACGUUCAAGCCUGUGCGCUUUGUAACUGUGUGGAGCGGAGCCUGCAUGGGCAGCGGGAACUGAGACAUUUUGGGCCAUUUUCGGAGCAGCUGACCCUCGAGCCAUCAGGAUCUCCACCGUCACAACCCGGGAAUGAUGACCUGUCUUCCAUUGGAUUUUCGGACUCCUUCUGUUUGGCGGCACUCUUUGAUGAUUCAGGGGGGUGUUGGGUUCAUCACUGGUGUGCGGUGUGGUCGGAGGGAGUAAAGCGGACGGAGAAUGAGGAGCUGGAGAACGUGGAUAAGGCCGUUAUCUCAGGGACACAGCGGCUUUGCCAAUAUUGCAAAAGGCUGGGCGCAACCAUUCGAUGCCAUGCUGAGGGCUGCUCACGGUUCUACCACUUUCCUUGCUCAGCAGCCAGUGGAUCUUUCCAGUCCAUGAAGCAGUUGGUCCUCCUCUGUCCAGAACACAUAGAGAAGGCUGAGGAGUUGUCAGGUGAAGAGGCUUGGUGUGCAGUGUGCGACUCAGCGGGUGAGCUCACGGACUUGCUGUUCUGUACGGGUUGUGGAUUACAUUAUCAUGCAGCUUGUCUUGAGAUUGGUGCCACGCCCAUUCAACGGGCAGGAUGGCAGUGCCCAGAGUGUAAAGUGUGCCAGACUUGCAGACAACCAGGAGAGGACUCCAAAAUGUUGGUAUGUGAUGCCUGUGAUAAGGGCUAUCACACCUUCUGUCUUCAGCCAGCCAUGGAUUCUCUUCCCUCUGACCCAUGGAAAUGCAGAAGGUGUCGUGUAUGCACUGAGUGUGGUCUCCGUGGACUGGCACUGCCAGGUUCGGCGCAGUGGUUCGAUAACUACGCCGUUUGUGAAAGCUGCCAGCGCCACCGCAGCUCUGUGUGUGGAGUUUGCAGCAAAGCUGCCAGCCCAUCUGUUGCUCUGCAGUGCUGCAGCAUGUGCCGCAGGUGGGUGCACGGUGAGUGUGCUUCACCGGUGGAGCUUCCAGAAGCAAAGUGCAUUUGCUUGCUUUGCAAGGAGAAUCAUCAACAGUCUGUCACUGAAGCACCCACAACAGAGAUACAAACCAGAGAAGCAUCUGAGGAGACUGAAGGACACGUGGAUUUUGUGGAGAUGACCAUCCAAACAGAUGCAGACGUAAUGACAGAGGAGCAGACGGGCUUAUUAGAGGGGACUCCAGGACAGAUGGGAAAAUCAGAGAUGGGUCAGGCGGAAACCACAACUGACACAGAGACACCCAUGGACUUGGGGGAGGAGGCUGCAGUUGUUGAGACAACAGAGGUUGGGGAGAAAACCAUGGAGGAGGAGCCAGUGGUAGUAACAAAAGAAUCACCCUCUGAGGUGGCCGCCGCUCCACUAGAGUCUACAGAAUGUGCAGCAACAGAACACGAAGCCUCUUGUUUACCUGCUGAUGAAGAGAGAGCACAAAAGGCCGUCAGCCACGUGACCCAGGCCACCGCUUCCCAGGACCCCACAGCAGAGACACAGUCCAAUGAUCCUAAUGUAAAACCAGCAUCCGUUUCACAGCAGGGCCCUGAAAAUAUGGAGGUGGAGAAGCAGGAGUCCACUCCCUCAGUGGUACAAGUAUCACCAGAGUUAUUGAAGAGUGGCUCUGAUCAUUCUAUCACGGAACCCUUCAGUACGGAUCCACCAAAGUCUCCUGCUUCUCCUGCCUCUGUGGACAAAACAGAGCAUUUGCCCAUGCUUGAUGAGCAGGAAAAAAGUCCAUGCCACGACCCUCAGUUUCCAUCUCUUCGGUCUUUAUCAGUAGACGCACAAGAGACCCUCUCUGCUGUGGACAUGGAGGGGGGGUUACUACCUAACUCUGAGGAGGAGGAUGAGGAAGAAGAGGAUGAUGAGCAAAUGAAAGGAGAAGGACUUAACAUUGAUAUAAAACAAGAACCGCUGGAACAAGAGAUUAAGCCGGAAUUGCUGCUAGAUGAGAUGUCUAAUAUGAGCCACGGAGAUGAGAGCAGCAGUGGCUUUUUGGGCUCACCAGGAGAAGUUGAUCCUCAGCUCUCCAUGGAGCUUGGCCUUGUACCUUCUGGCUGCUCACAUGCGGAUAACAUGCUCAGUGAGACGGAUGAUUCACUUCCCUUUGAACCCUUCAGAAGUGACAGAGAGAAGGUGAAACGCAGAGGAUCCCCAGGCCGCUCAAGGGUCAAACAGGGGCGAAGCAGUAGUUUCCCUGCGAAGCGUAGACCUCGAGGUGGUGGUGGUGGGGGGAGAGGGCGUGGUGGUAGGUCACGUCUCAAAGCCAUGGCCUCCUGCAUCGAUGCCUUCUUGCUGAGCAUGACAGCAGAGACUGGAGUUAAUAAGGAAGAAGAGGAGGAGGAAGAUGACACCAUGCAGAACACCGUUGUUCUUUUCUCAAACACGGAUAAAUUUGUCCUGCUCCAGGAUAUGUGUGUCGUGUGUGGCAGUUUUGGAAAGGGCAUGGAGGGGCAGUUGUUGGCUUGUGCACAGUGUGCCCAGUGUUACCAUCCUUACUGUGUGAACAGCAAAAUCACCAAGACGAUGCUCCGUAAAGGCUGGCGUUGUUUGGAAUGUAUUGUGUGCGAGAUGUGUGGAAAGGCUUCAGACCCCUCCCGCCUGCUGCUGUGUGAUGACUGUGAUGUCAGCUAUCACACCUAUUGCUUGGACCCUCCCUUGCACACUGUACCCAAGGGUGGCUGGAAGUGCAAAUGGUGUGUGUGCUGUGUGCAGUGUGGCUCCAACUCACCAGGUUUCCACUGCGAGUGGCAGAACAACUACACCCACUGUGGCCCCUGUGCCAGCCUUGUCUCCUGUCCAGUGUGCAGAGAGAACUUCAUGGAGGAGGAGCUGCUGCUGCAGUGUCAGUACUGCGAUCGAUGGGUCCAUGCUGUCUGUGAGAGUCUGUACACAGAGGAUGAGGUGGAACAAGCUUCUGAUGAGGGCUUUGCAUGCACAUCCUGCACCCCAUAUGUUCCAAAACCUUUGGUAGUAGAGUCAGCCAUUAUGGCUUCAAUAAAGAUCAAAGAGCCAGAACCCCAGUUCUACCGGUUGGAGGGUGUGUGGCUGACGGAGUCAGGAAUGUCCCUGCUCCGCAGCAUCUCCAUGUCUCCCCUGCACAAGAGACGGCAGCGUCGCUCCCGUCUGGGCACUCUGUGCUGUGAAGGAGGUCCUGAUGGAAUGGAUCUGAGGGAGGUUGACGGAGAUGGCUGUGGGGAGCCCAUGGACUGUGAUUCCAAGAUGGACAACACUGGGAGCCCUGACAGAGAAGGUGGUGCUGAGAGGGAUGCCGGUGAUGGCAUGGCUGAUGGUGACGGUCUCAAAGGGGGAGCAGAUGAUGCAGAUGAUGGUAAAAAAAGAAAGCGAAAACCCUACAGGCCUGGAAUUGGAGGCUUCAUGGUGCGACAAAGAAAGUGUCACACACGGAUGAAGAAAGAAUUUUUUGCCCAGCUGGCUGGAGAGACAACGUUAGACGGACAGCCAAUAGAAAGAACCAUUGAGGAUGGACCCCAUCCUGACACAGAUAACAUAAUGGAUCCUAAACCAGUGGAGGGUGAGGAACAGGCCAAGAAACGUCGAGGCCGAAAGAAGAGCAAACUGGAGGACAUGUUUCCAUCUUAUCUCCAGGAGGCUUUCUUUGGGAAGACGCUAAUAGACUUGAGUAAGAAAGCUGGGAUGAUACCACACGGGCACAGGCCAGGUACAUGCCUUGUCCGACCUUCAUUACCAGCACCGUCAGGGGUCAAAGCUACUCCCCCAGAGACUGAGGCCAAGGAUCGUGCUGUGGAAGAUAAUUUUCCUCUCAAGCAAGAGGGGGAUGAGGGCCCCCAAGCUCAGGGAGAAGGUGCAGGAGUCUCAGCACCAUCCUCAUUGCUGAAGGACCAGGUGUCUACUGAUCCUCAUAACUUUGAUGCAGUAAAGAGUGAAGGUCUUCCGCAAGGAGUUGAGAGUCAGGAUUCUGAGCAGUUCUUCAGGAAGGUUCUAGGCGUGUCAGACGGCUCCACUUUGGGGGGCAUGAAGCCCAUCUUGGAGGGCAGUAAGGGAGAACUCAAUCGUAGCGCCCUGCCACAAAGAGCUCUCCUCUCAGGGUCCCUGCCCUCAGCUGGAAUGAUGGAUGCCUUUCCUGGCCUCUCUCAGUCGCCGUUCUUUGACAUGCGGGACCGAGGAGGGCUGUUCAGUCCAGAUGGAGGUGAGGAGAGCCCAUGGGCAACUCCCUCUACCCCAGUAACCCCCUCCUCCCCACCAACCCCCACCGAGGCGGAGGGUGAUGGGCUGUCUUACAACCAGCGCAGUCUCCAGCGCUGGGAGAAAGAUGAGGAGCUGGGUGAACUCUCAACCAUUUCCCCUGUGCUUUAUGCCAAUACCAACUUUCCGACUCUCAAACAGGACUACCCAGACUGGGCUAGUCGCUGUAAGCAAAUCAUGAAGAUCUGGAGGAAGGUGUCAGCUGCUGACAAGGCUCCAUAUCUGCAAAAGGCCAAAGAUAACCGAGCAGCGCAGAGGAUUAACAAGGCACAGAAGGCUGUGAUUCAGGUGUGCAGGCCCAUCAAGACUGAGCCAGGGCGUGUGAAGGGAGAAAGGCCCAGUUUACACCUCCAGAUCCCUCCACCUUCAGGCUCUACAUCAAUCUCUUCCCAGCCCAGCUCUGCCGAAAGCCCAUUUCCUUUUCCUCCAGAUUCAGGAUCAUCCUCUGUAUUUUUCUCUGAUGGACCUGUUAAGACUCCGGGGUCGGCUGAAAUUCGGACGGAUCCCUUGGCCAAGUUUCCCUCUCAGUCACCCCAUUCUCACUCUCACCCAUCCACACCCUUCUCCCAUGCUGGAGUCAGCUCCUCUUCCUCAGGUUAUUCUGCUUCCGGCCCACAGGGUCCUCCUCAGGGACGGCCAGCCAGUCUUGGCCCCUUUGACAUGCAACCAGGAACUCCUGGAACCCCUCGACGGGCUCAGCAGGUUGACCCCUACUUCAGAUCACAGCUGCAGCAGCAACAAAGUCAUCUACCACAAUCCCAGCAAGGCUCUCAGGAGUCCCUAGGACCUCCAGAAAGCCCUCAUUCGAGAGGUGCUGGGCUUGGGGAGUCACCCAUCUUCUCGCCACCCCACAAUACUCACUAUGGAGACCCCUUCAGAAACCAGCAAGGGAUGGGGAGGCUAGAAUAUGGUUCAUCCCCAUCACCCUCCGCAGUGGCUUCCUCACCUGCAAGCACAGUACAGUACAGGACUGACAUGAGUGCACCUUCACCUCGCCCCUCUGCUGUUGGAAGACCUGACCUGUCCUCAGGUUCCCCUGCCGGGAUGCUGGAGCCUGGGGAUGGUUUAUUCAAGGCACCCAUGACGCCACGAAUGCACCAAGGGGAGGUUGGCACACUUCAUCCUGGAGCUUCCCCUGGCCACCAUUCUGAAGGCUACAGGAAGUCUCCCUCCCACCCUUUCUCUGACCCCCACAAUCAGCCACCGCUAACUCCCAGACCGCAGUCAGGCGACAGUUGUUCUCUUGGACUCCAGAGACAACCUGUAGCUCAACAGGAACUAUGCCCUAGAGUGCCCUCCAGCCCACAGUCCCAGGGCAGCUGUCAGUCUCCCCACACUCCUGGUGGACUCUCCAAUGAUGCUUACAGUGUCCAGUCUCCUGCUACCCCUCGUUUCCAAUCCCCAGACCCUUGUUCUCAGCCACCAUCAAGACCACAAUCCAGAGACCAUUAUGCUUCUAUCCAGAAACCCCCUCGUCCGCCCUCUGUUGCCCCAGAGGGAACUGUAGGUUAUAAAAGCUCACCUCAUCCUAACCAGGCACCCCCACCCAACCCCACCAACAAUUCCAUAGGGGAUCCUCUCUCUGGUAAACCUUCAGCAGCUCCUAAUUUCAGCCGCAGCCCCAACACCGGAGGCCAUCAAAUAACCCAACAGCAGAGUCAGAUGGUACAAGUUCAGCUCCAGCAACCACAGCCACAAACUCAGCAGACUAUGGGGACAGACGGCUUCAGUUCCAGGGUGCCACCUCCUUCUGGAUCUCAAGAACUACCAGCCGUCCGCCCUCAAGACACACCUCAUCAGCCGUCUCAAGAAAUGCCUGAUAUGUCAGCAGUGCAGGACCCUACAUUGGUAGGCCUUAGCCCCUCUGAGCUGGAGAAGCACAGACAGCGCCAGAGACUGAGGGAAUUCUUAAUCCGACAACAAAUGCAGAGAAAUUCCAUUCGACAAGAGAAGGAGGCGGCUGCUGCAGCUGCUGCUGGCGGCAGUGUGUCCCCUGGCUGGUCUGGAGGAGAAAUGGGGGCCUUUCAACAAGAUAAAGUCCACAGAGCACCACCACCUUAUCCACAGGAUCGUUCUGCUGCUGCUAGUGCUGUUGGAUCUCAGGCGUCUGUGGCAGGGAGGAUGCCCAUGGCUGUUGGAGGCAUGGAGGACAAGCUCAUUCGCCCACCACUUGCAGGAACCCCUGCCAUUAUGGAUCCUAAUGCACUAAGGCCACCAGGGCCCACCAGACCUCAGGGCAUGUUUGCCCGUCCACCAUUCCCUCCGCAGUGGCAGGGCCAGGCCCCAGGCCCAAGGAGGUUCCCCCAGCCUGGCAUGGAGGCUAUUGGUAUAAGGCAUAACAUUAACCCUGCCAUCAACAUCCAGGGUAUGGAGAGCAUGGGUAACCCUCACACCAUGAUACAAGGACAUGGAGGAGAAACCAUGCAGCCAAUGGCUCAAGGACCCCCUCCACAGUUCAUUGAAUUAAGACACAACUCACAGAGGUUGCCCCUACGACCCCAGUUUAUGCCCCGUGGACCCCAGCCCAGACCACGUCUCUUUCCACAGCAAGAGAUGGCAUCACCUUAUGUUCAGCAACAUCCCAUAGCUCAAGCUGGUGGCAUUCAAACAGAGGGGGGCUUACAGCAAGGUGGACUGUCAGUUUUACUGCCUCAGCAAACAACAGGCCCACUAACACAACAACCCCACCUGCACCCCCAGGCUACUUCCAAUCCCAAUAAUUCUAGCACUGAGCAUCAUCAACUUCCACAGUCAGGCCUUGUAACAGGGCCCCAGACUUCCACAGCAGAAAACAGUGUGGAACUGCCAGAGCAUGAUCUUGAGGGUCUUGGGGAGGCCCCAGGAGAUGGAGGUGUGGAGGAUGAGGAUGAUUUGGCUCUAGACUUGGACCCUGACAAAGGGGAUGAUGACUUGGGCAACUUGGACAACCUUGAAACCAAUGAUCCACAUCUCGACGACCUACUUAACAGUGAUGAGUUUGACCUGCUGGCAUACACGGAUCCUGAACUGGACCAAGGAGACCCCAAGGAUGUCUUCUCAGACCAGCUGCGGCUAGUGGAAGCAGAAAGUGAACCGCCUUCAUCUUCCUCUGGAUCUGCGCUUGUUAAAGUGGAAGAGAAAGUCAAAGUCGAGGCAGGGCAGAAGUCUCUCACAACAAACCCUGCCACAGCAGGUGGGUCUGCUGCCCAACUUGCACACUCUGCAAAAGCUGCUGAUAUCUCCAAAGUCAAAAUAGAAGACAAAGGUCUGCCCCCCCAGCUGCAGCCAGGACAGACAGUGGUGAAAGAUGAAAUGGGAGAGGCUGUGUCAAUGCUUCUUGGUGGGACCACACCAUCAGCCAACUCUGCACAAACAGAAAACCCGUCGGCUUCACUCAGUUCUGUUCGAUUAGGGGGUCUUCCAUACCCUCUGCCAGGCCAAGCUGACCCAUUGCCUUUUCCUUCAGCUGCUCCACAUGCAGAUAUUGGCGAUGAUCCUCUGGGGCUGCCUGAUGUCGGGGGUCAUCACUCCCCUGCGGUAGAUUUAGCAAAGGUAGAGAGCUCUUUAGAUGGUGAACUGCCUCUUCUAAUACAGGAUCUGCUGGAACAUGAGAAAAAGGAACUACAAAAGCAGCAACAGCAGCAACAGCUCAGUUCCCUCCACCAGGGAGGCAUGGCACCUCAUUUUCCUGGCGGCCCAAGUCAACAACCUAACCCACAGGCACCCGGGCAGAUAAUGUUACCACACCACCAUCGUCCACCACCCCAAGGAAUGAUGGCUCAGCCAGGGAUGGUACCCCGUGCACCGCACAUGUUGCAACAACAGCAGCAAAGGCUUAUGGGAGCUGUAAUGGCACCUCCACCUCAUAUGGCCAUGGCUCAGCAGCAAGCCAUGAUGAGGAUGGGGCAGCCAGGGAUCCAUGCAGGCAUCAGUCAUCAACCACAGCCGCAGCCAGUGGUUAAACAGUUACCCCUGGCCAACAACUUCUUCCCAGAUAAAGAUUUAGACAAAUUUGCUACUGAUGACAUCAUGGAUCCCAUUGCCAAGGCAAAAAUGGUGGCACUUAAGGGUAUCAAGAGAGUGCUGGCACAAGAUCCAAUGGUUGGUCCCCCUGGCAUUAACAGGCAACAAGUGUCUCUGCUUGCUCAAAGGUUGGCCUCUGCCCCGGGUACAAAUCCAGGUCAACUUACAUCUGGACCUCCAAAGGAGGGAGAAACAAGUGAUCCCACCCAGUCAAGACCUAACCCUCCACAGUUUGUGCAAGGAAUCAUAAAUGAUGCAGAACAACACCAAUAUGAAGAAUGGCUUCUUCACACCCAGCAGUUACUUCAAAUGCAGUUGAAAUUUCUGGAGGAACAGAUUGGAGUUCACCGCAAAUCACGCAAGGCACUGUGUGCUAAGCAACGCACUGCUAAAAAAGCUGGCAGGGAGUUUGCUGAGGCAGAUGCAGAGAAGCUCAAGUUGGUUACAGAAGAGCAGAGCAAAAUUCAAAAACAGCUUGACCAGGUACGCAAGCAGCAGAAGGAGCACACCAAUCUUAUUGCAGAGUACAGAAGCAAGCAGCAGCAGCAUCAGCAAGGCUCAGGUCUUAUUACCCCGGGUCAUUCUGCACAGGGGGCACCCCCUCAUAUGUUUCCCAAAAUGCCUGCCCAGAUGAUGAUGGGCCAACAGGGAACGCCAGUAAUGGGCCAGCACCCUGGUAUGAUCCCCCAAGGUGGAAUGCCUAUCAGGAUGCCACAAGGGCAGCCCUUUAUUGGAGGAGCCCAGCCUCAGCUUCCCGCACCACUCGGUGCCAGUGGUGUCACGGCCCCAGGUCCUCCUGGGGCUCCAACAGGAUUCUUUCCACAGGGGCCUGGAAUGCAAGGCGCAGACCCAAGGCUUCUCCAAGAAAGACAGCUUCAACAUAGGAUGCAGAUGGCAAAGCUCCAACAACAACAACAACAACAGCAGCAGCAGGUGACAAUGGGGCAGCAGUCGAUGCCACACCUAAAUCAACAGCCUGGGUUAAUCACUCAGCCACAGUCUGGUAUGAUGGGGAACCCACUUAUGGGCCAACAACAAGUAAGCACCCAACAGGGAAUGCUAGCCAACCAGGCCAGUCAGCAGAGCAUGGUGCAGGUUCCACAAGGAAUGGUUGGAGGCCAGUCUGUUGCUCCACCACCACAGAACAUUGUAGGAGGUCAGCCCAUUAACCACGCCCAGGCAAUAAUGGCAGCUCAACCUGGAAUUAUGGGGAACCAGCCAGUUGCACCAUCACAGCAACAGAGGCCUCAGCUGAUGAUGAGUCAGCACGGAAUUGUUGGAGCUCCAGGCCAUCCUGGCCUCAGGGGUCCGCAGGCCCAAUUGACUCCACAACAACAAAAUAUUCUGGCCCAACGCAUGAUAGCAUCUCAGCAGCAGCAGCAACAACAGCAGAAUCUUGCAAAGAAUUUGGCCCACCUCCAGCAACAGCAAAUGGCACAGCAAAGACAACCAACACAAUUGAUCAGUCAGUCUAGCCAAGAAGCAGGAGGGCUCUCCCAACCCUCAACCCCACAGAUGGGCUCCUCGCCUUCAGCAGGAAGUAUCACACCCCAGCCACAGGGAACUACAGACAGCCAAAACUCAGGCCCCAAAGAGGGUGGGAUUCUGAGCCUUGACCCAAGAACACCCCCACAGCAGAGUGCACCCUCCACUCCAAAUCAGAUGUCUCAACUAGGAUCUGCAAAUGAUCAUCAAACUGAUUUUGGAAGGCAGCAGUUGCAACAACAGCAGCAGUUGCAACAACAACAACAACAGCAGCAGCAGUUGCAACAACAACAACAACAGCAGCAGUUGCAUCAACAGCAGCAUCAGCAGUUACAACAACAACAACAACAGCAGCAAUUGCAACAACAGCAGCAGCAGCAGCAGUUGCAGCAGCAGUUGCAACAGCAGCAGCAUCAAAACCAGGUUUAUAUGGCCCAGCAGCAACAAGCAAAUCCUCACUCUGUACCAGAUCAGCAAACAAAUUUAGUUGGAAACCAACAAACUGGUGUACUUCAGCAACAGCAGCAACAAUUUCCGCUCACUCUCCAGAGGCAAGGUCCCCUCAGUGCUGACAAGCCUAUUUUGAUGACUGUUAAAGAAGAAGGGAAGCCAAUAGAUUUCUUAGCUCAACAGCAACAGCAGCAUACAGCUCAAAAUACCAUGCAGCAGUCACAAGAUCCCAACAUCCAGCAGCAGAUCAUGGCCCAAAACCAUCCUGGCCAGCCACAGCCUGCUGUUAUGGGCCAUAAUCCACAACAGCAAGCCAUAUUAGCACAGCAGCAAAAACAACAGGCCAUAAUGGGAAUGAUGAGAGCCCAGCAGCAAGGAAUGAUUGCACAGAGGCCUGGGGCUCCAACUGGACAGAUCCGCAUCCCAGCUAGCAUUGCUCAAAAUCCUCAGCUCCGUAAUCUUCCCCCAAACCAGCAGCUUCAGCACAUCCAGGCUAUGAUAGCACAGAGGCAGCUCCAACAGGGACAGAUGUUACGGAUGUCAGUGCCUCAAGGACAGCAGGGUCAGCUGAGGCCUCACAUGCCACCAGGACAGAUGCCACAGGUUGGGCAGCAUAUUCCAGGGAUGGAAGGCCAACAACAGAUGCCAUAUGGAGCCAUGGCAAAACCUGUGGGUGCUCAACAACAGUUGGGCCAACAACCUGGUGUCGCUCCUCAGAUCCAGCACGGGAUGAUGGUCCCUGGACAACAGCAGCCACAAGCAGGGGAAAUGAUGCAGCAACAUAUUAUGAGAAGCCCGGUACCAGUGCCACGUUCCCCCAUGGACCAGGGCCGUAUGAUAAGGCCAACAUCUCCACGACAGCCAUUGGCGAACUCUCCUGUGGAUCCACAAAGGCACACAUUUAAUCAAGCUAUGGGUAUGCGACCACCCACUCCUAACCAGAACCAACAACAUGCACUAAUGGCAGCUGCAGCAGGCCGCAUGCAGGGCUCUCCCUCCCAUGCAUAUUCUCCAAGAGGGCCCUUCGGAAUGAGCCCAGCCCACCCGGCCUCACCACAUUCAUCCCAUGUCUCCUCGCCGUCUGUGUCGGACGGUAGGGCUGGAAGGGGGAGUCCAUAUAGCCACAUAAAGGCAUCCCCACUCAGGUCACCUGGAGCCAAAAGUCCCCUUGAUUGUCCAGGACUGAAAGUAGAAACUCAGACAUCAGGCAAUGACACAUCUCAGACAGUAGCAGUCAUCCACAAUGGGCCACAAAAAGACAUGAAUUUUCAUCAGCGGUCCCAGCAGCUUACAGAAAGCCAUCGUCACCACAUGGGCUCUAGGGAAGGAGAGGUAUGCAAAAUGACCCUACAGAACAUUAAACAGGAACCAAGGGAGGUUCACUGUGACGGUGCAGCAGAGGCUCAUCUGGGGAUAAUAAAGCGAGAAGCAACAGGUGAGGCGGUUACUUCUGGGAACAAUACUGGCUUUAUUAAUGCUGGAAACAUGGCUGGAGACUCUGCAACUCAAGGUCCUAGAUCUGAGACUGGACAGCAACUACUGCAGAAACUCCUGAGAACCAAGAACCUUCAGCUCGGUGCUCAGAGGCCUUCUGAAGGCAUCCACAAUGAGAUCAAUGGCCACAUCAACAGUAAACUUGCAAUGCUGGAGCAAAAGCUCCAAGGAACUCCUCGAAACAUGGAGGACUUGCAGUCUUUAACAAAAAGGGCUCCUGUACAAAAGGCAAAGCGCACAAAUAAGGCAGCUGGAGACAGAGGGCCUAAUGCCAGGAAGAAGAAUAAGAAGGAAGAAGUUGGAAAAAGUGCCGAAGCCCUAAUAAAGCAACUCAAACAGGGUCUCUCUCUGCUUCCGCUGAUGGAGCCCUCAAUCACUGCCAGUCUGGAUUUGUUUGCCCCUUUUGGAAGCAGCCCUGCCAAUGGCAAAGCCCAGCUCAAAGGAUCCUUUGGAAAUGCAGUGCUGGACAAUAUCCCAGACUACUAUUCUCAGUUACUCACCAAGAGUAACCUCAGCAACCCACCAACACCCCCGUCCUCCCUGCCACCUACUCCGCCGCCCUCAGUGCAGCACAAGCUGCUGAAUGGAGUGACUCCUGGGGAGGAGCUGCCUGAGGGUCAGAAAGCCACAGAGCGAGCACAAGAGCCAAUGAAAUCGGUUACAGAGGAGGUUAAGAGUGUCGACAUCCUCGCAGCUCUCCCCACGCCACCGCAUAACCAGAAUGAGGACAUCAGAAUGGAGAGUGACGAUGAGGAUGCCCCAGAAAGUAUCAUCCCGGCAUCAUCCCCCGAGAGUAAUGUAGGAGAGGAAACGCCUCGUUUCCCUCACCUACGGGAGCCUAAAGAGGAGGAGACGGAGAGAGCAAUAUCCCCCAUCAUCCCUCUCAUACCUCGCACUGCCAUACCAGCAUUCCCAGAAAACAAACAAAUUGAAGCGGCUGAUGGCAAAGUACUUCCCACAUCCAACCACUGGGACAAGGCCAAAAGCAACGAGGUGUCUGUUACCUUCACAUUGUCCUCUGCUGCAGCUAAGAAACUGAACCACGUGAUGAUGGCCAUGGCCCAGUUGCUUCACAUUAGAAUGCCUGGUUCUUAUGAGGUGACUUUUCCUCCCCAAAACCCUGACAUGUCUGGAGGGGAUGGGCCUGGGAAAGGACCCGGACAGUCAGGGGCUGUGUGUACAAAGGACAGUUCUUCACCUAGUCAGGACGAGUGGCUAAGGCAGUUUGACGUGUCUCUACCAGGCUGUACACUGAAGAAACAAGUGGACAUUCUGGCACUCAUCAAACAGGAAUUUCCAGAAAAAGAAGACAACCCGGUCCAGCACUGUUACACAACCAAAGUUAAUGACCUGGAUGUGCGCCACCUUCCUAUUAUACCAGUGGAGGAAUCUCCACCCCCUUCACCAUCUCCUCCACAACCUCCCCCACCUGUGUCCGAUCCAACUAUUGAAGCUGAGCCUUCCAAAAAAUCUGCUUCUCCAUCGCCCUCUCCUCCCAGUCCCACCAGUGUCCGGAUCAAGACAGAGCCGGACCAGGACGAUGGUCCUUCUAUUGAUGCUGCUCAACCACCUGUUGUCACAGAGUCUAAUGAUGCUGCUCCAGAGUCAGUCACUGAUCCAGCAACUGCUCCUGCAGUUCCUGAUCCCACUGCUCCUACUGAAGAUGAACAAGAUUUGGGUCCUGCUGCCAAGGAAGAGGACUCUGCUGCUGAUCCAGUUCAACCUCCUAAAGAUUCUCCCAACACCACUGAGUGUUCCCCCAAGGCUCUGAAGCAGCGAAGGCCACUCUCCCCCGAUGAGGAGGUAGUGCAUCCCAAAAUGAAAAAAUGGAAGGGGAUUCGCUGGAAGCGUCUUCAGAUUGUCAUCACAAUACGUAAGGGCGGGUCGAAGAAGGAGAGCAGCCGUGAGGUGUCAGAGCUGAUGGAGCGCUUGCGCAUUACCCUUCGACCAGACAGGCUGCCUCGGGAUAAACGUAAAUGCUGUUUCUGCCACGACGAAGGUGACGGGGCCACAGAUGGGCCUGCCCGCCUGCUUAACAUCGAUGUGGACCUGUGGGUGCACCUUAACUGUGCCCUGUGGUCCACAGAGGUGUAUGAAACACAGGGUGGUGCCCUCAUCAAUGUGGAGGUAGCCCUGCGUCGCGGGUUGCGGACUCUCUGCGCGUACUGCCAGAAGACGGGUGCCACCAACAGCUGCAACAGGCUGCGCUGCCCUAACGUCUACCACUUUGCCUGUGCAAUCCGGGCACGCUGCAUGUUCUUCAAGGACAAGACCAUGUUGUGCACUCAGCACAAGCUGAAGGGCCCCAGCGAAGAUGAACUCAGCGCCUUUGCCGUUUUGCGGCGCGUCUACAUUGAGCGUGACGAGGUGAAGCAGAUUGCCAGCAUCUUGCAGCGAGGAGACCGCAUCCACCUGUUCCGUGUCGGUGGUCUCAUCUUUCAUGCUGUUGGCCAGUUGCUUCCCUCCCAAAUGACCAACUUCCACUCACCCACUGCCAUCUUCCCCGUCGGCUACGAGGCAACACGCAUCUACUGGAGCACCCGCGUGCCCAACAAGCGCUGCCGCUACCGCUGCCGCAUCAGCGAGGAUGACGGCCACCCCCUGUUUGAGGUGCGUGUCCUGGAGCAUGGCAUGGAGGAUUUGCAGUACCGUGACACUACUCCAGAUGUGAUCUGGGACCAGGUGGUUCAGCAGGUGGCUAAACUCCGGGAUGAGUCGUCCAUGUUGAAGCUGUUCACUGAACAUCUCAAAGGAGAGGAAAUGUACGGCCUCACAGUUCAUGCUGUCAUGCGAAUCACUGAGUCGUUGCCUGGAGUAGAGAACUGCCAGAACUAUCAGUUCCGAUACGGCCGUCACCCUCUGAUGGAGCUGCCUCUGAUGAUCAAUCCCUCUGGCUGUGCUCGCUCCGAGCCCAAGGUCCCCACACAAUGCAAGAGGCCACACACUCUGAAUAGUACCAGCGUGUCAAAGGCCUACCAGAGCACGUUUACUGGCGAGCUCAACACGCCGUACAGCAAGCAGUUUGUCCACUCCAAGUCGUCCCAGUAUCGGCGCCUGAAGACCGAGUGGAAGAACAACGUGUAUCUGGCGCGGUCCCGCAUCCAGGGCCUCGGUCUGUAUGCUUCCAAAGAUCUGGAGAAGCACACCAUGGUCAUCGAGUACAUUGGCACUGUCAUACGCAACGAGGUGGCUAAUCGCCGCGAGAAGAUCUACGAGUUGCAGAACCGUGGGAUCUACAUGUUCCGCAUCAACAACGAGCAGGUGAUCGAUGCCACUCUGACUGGGGGCCCAGCUCGCUACGUCAACCAUUCCUGCGCCCCCAACUGUGUCGCCGAGGUCGUGACCUUUGACAAAGAAGACAAGAUCAUCAUCAUUUCCAGCCGCAGGAUCCCGAAGGGAGAAGAGCUGACAUACGACUACCAGUUUGACUUCGAGGACGACCAGCACAAGAUCCCUUGCCAUUGUGGAGCCUGGAAUUGCCGCAAGUGGAUGAACUAAGGAGAAGACAGAAAGAAACGUGGAGAACUUCCCCUUCUCGCUGGCGCCAGAACACUCCUGCGCCAAAGCCUUUGAAUCCUACAUAGCCAGUGCAUAAGCUGUUCUGAAAGACGCGGAUGGAAGAAGGCUGGCCGCCGUCAUUGAGAGAGACUAACGUGGUGACACCUGUAGCCAAAGGUUUGAAGAGCAUUAAUCAAUAAAAAGCAACCGACCGCCUCCGUCAGCAGCAGCAGCAGCAGCAGCAGCAGCAGCAGCAGCAGCCUGAUGGUGGGAGUGACUUUUUAUGUCUGGACUAGUGAAACACCCUCUCCUAAGCCAAAACCCCUUUUCCCUCUUCGACUGUUCUCAAUAAGCUGACAGUGGCUGCAAAACAAUCCUCAACACCUACCAAAUGAUUCUGACCCUCUGAUAUCGAUACUCGUAGUGCAGAGCUCAGCUGGAGCUGCGUCAAAAAGCCAUUUUUAAAAAUACUAAGAAUGAACUAAUAAUGCAUUUUUAUGUUUUAAGACGGACCUAUUCCCUGUCGCACCUAACCACCACCCCUCACCCCCCUUACCUCCCAGAAAAGGCACUUUCCCCAUCAAGUCAUCAAUGAAGACAACACGGAUAUUGGCUAGCUAGACAAUCUUGAUGUGGCUCUGUGUAAGAACUACAUGUGAUCGAUGGAAAAAGGAAAAAAGAAAAGAAAGAAAGAUGUAAGUUAAUAUAAAAAUUUGCGAUGCUAUUGUUCUGUGGCUCCCGAGGGCCCAGAUGUUCUGACUGUGCGGAGUCCCAAGGUGGGUUAGUUGGACCCAGUCUACCUCAUUAUUGAUUUAGCGGGAAGUGACUGCUUUGUAUGAAAAACUGUUAACUGCUACUGUGGAACCGUGGGGGGGACGGGGGAAACGUUUUUAUGGGCUUAGCCUUCUCGGACAAGCAGGGAAUCUUAAGCAGCAGGUUUGCUCUAUCUACUCUAUGCUGAUGGUAACUUACAAAAAAUGAGCCAACAUAAUUAUUAUUCAUGAAUUAUUUAUACAGAUGAACUAUAUGACAGUUUUGAUAAAGAUAUUGCAUUAAAGUCACAAUCAGAAGCUUAGUGGAUGUCCUGUAUGCCACCAAAUCAUCCUGGAUAUUGAUGUAGCUUUUUUCUUUUCUUUCUUUCUUUUUUUUUUUUUACUUUUUAAUUUAUGCGUCUCCCAAACCAUGCGAUCAACUGUGUGAAAGCACAAUAACAUCCACCUUUUUUUAAAAAAGUUGCUUGAAGCUGUUAACGGUUGUGAGUGAACGGCUCUCGGAUCACAGGACACUCGGGAGUUGAGAAAAAAUGAAUCAUGUACACAUUUUUGCUUGUCGCCUCACACAUCGGAGUUCCGCUCGUUUGAAAACCAGCCGGCGAACGCAUGACUACUGUCCCGUCUGAUGUUUUUUUACUUCUUCCAGCAGAUCGGUCAGUCUUCACACGGCUCAACCUUAAACUUUGAAUCAUGCCUCUUCCUUCUCUGUGUUCUGUAGUGGACUGUUGUUAAACUUUACUGUAGUAAGUCUUCCUCUGCCUGAGUCCAGUCUGCAGUGUUUCUACUUCCCCCCUGUAGUGUGCUUUUCUAGUGCUGGUACUGUCCUCUCGAGGCUGAACGGACGGCAGGGAAAGACUUAUUGGAAAAAAGGGCAUUUGUUUUUAAUUUCUAUGUGAGAUGAAUGAAAAAAAAAAAAGUCUUUAAAGGGAGCUUUACUGAAACUCCACCUUCCCAUUACUGCUUUGUUUUCCUCCUUCCCCCGAACCUAAGACCUCACAUGAUUUAAAAAUGCAAAAGUUGUACAAACUGUAUAUAUAUUAUAUGCAUUUAGGGGACAGCAACUCUUUAUCCAGCCCCUUUGUAAUCAAUAAAGUCAAAAAGUGUAGAGAAAUAAAAUUGAAGAAGAAAAAAACCCAUCAACCACUGGAUAUCAUUUUAACAAAGACAAAGCUGUAUAUAUAUAUAAAUAUAUGUAAAAUGGCAAACUAAUAUCUUUAUGUAUAUGAACCAGAGUGUUUUGCAUUUACCUGUUUUUUCUAUUAGUGUUUUUUGCUAUAAGCUCUCAGAGACGAGUUUGUUAAACUAGGUGUGAGAUCUUCUCCAAUCAGUUGCGACGAGAAGCGACGAGGUGAUUUCACAGAGCCGUUUGGAUCCGCGUCGUUGAUUCAGACGUGAGGAUCACUUCUCGCAUAAAGCAGUACAACGGUGCAUAGCAUUUGUAUUUAUGUAAUAUUGUCCGUGUUUAUUUUUUCAUUUUUAUUUAUGCUACUGCUUGUUGAUUACCAAAACCUGUCCCUUAAUCGGUUACAAUUGGAUUGAUAUUACUCUUGAAUGGAAAAUCUUGAACUCCCUAGAAUAAUGUUGUGUUUUGCUUUUUUAUAUCUUCCCUAUAGAAGUGAAUGUGUUGGUAAACCUUGUGAAAUGUUUACUUGGCCUAAUGUAUGUUAUGAUGUAAUACUCUAAAGUUAAUCCCGUACUUAACCUGGUAAUGAAUUGCACUCUCAUAGUAUAACGGAGAACUUCUCUAAAGUGGUAGAUAUUGAUCAAGUAUCCGAAGCAGUGAUAUAUAUAUUUUUUGGUAUGUUUCUAUUUCAAGGGAAGAUCAAUGACGAGACACAUUAUGCCGCUCACUGGAUUUUAGAAUGAAUCAUUUUUAACUUCUCUGAAUCUCUUUAAUUUAAAUUCUCUGCAUAUCGUAUAAUUUAAUAAAGUUUGCUCAAAAUUGAAGGUUUUUUUUAACCUCACCUACUUUUUAAAAAAAAAGACAAAAAGAUGUUGCAUCUGUACAGCAGAGAUACUUUUCGGGAAUAUGAAUAAAUAUAAUGAUCAUUUUUA